UGUUUUAAUUGUCAUACUCAAAAGACUCCAUUAUGGAGAAGAGAUCCAAAUGGUAAUACACUUUGUAAUGCUUGUGGGUUAUUUCAAAAAUUACAUGGUACAAUGAGACCAUUAUCAUUAAAGACAGAUGUUAUCAAAAAGAGAAACUCAAGACGUUCUUCAGUUAAUGGUGAAGGCGUUGGUAAUAAUACUUCUACAAAU